AUGGCGGACAAGUCGGCAUACAUGGGCGCUGGAGGCUAUGGAUCAGGCUACAUGGGAUCCAAUGCCUCGUCGUCGGGAUAUGCCCGCGAAGACUAUGCACAAGGAGGGAAUGGUGGUGGACAACAACAGCAGAACCAGGGUUCCGGAGGAAACACCAACCCAGGUGGACAGGUCUUCAAGGCCCGCACUGACCAAUCGUGCUACCUUGGACCAUAA